UAUCGUAUUGUAGCAUGACAGUUAACCUUCCUUAACGAUAAGCACUGUUAUGUCUUCGAAUCAAGUUACAUCAGUGGGAGUCGACGUCAAGUUCAAAGUACGCGAUAUAUCUCGUAUCUAAUUAACUCAAAUCUCAUAUUUGGAAUCUUAUACGUAAGGUAGUGAAAUGACAAUCAUUUCAAGAUUUGUGAUCAAGAACAUCUUUGCUUUCCAGGUCACGUUUACUUUUAUGAUGCUGAUUGGCUCGUGAGAACGAAUAUGAAUUGCGGGAAUAUUUCAAACGCACAAGAUGCAUCGCAAGAACAUUAUCCACCGAGAGGAAAUAUGUAGAGACGACGGAAAGCAACGGGGUCAGAACUAUCCGUUUGAGUGAUUCUGUCUCGCGCAACUCCCUAUCAUUAGAGAUGCUGAAAACCUUGGUGAGGGAGAUCAAAAAAGACGAAGAUAAUAAGGAACUCCGAUCGAUUGUGUUGACAUCCGAGCCGGGAAAGGUAUUCUCCGCAGGGCAUAAUCUGAAGGAACUGACAGCUACAAACGCCAAAUUACACAAGGACGUCUUCGAGACUUGUUUAGAGUUGAUGCGAGCCAUCAGUCAAAGCCCGGUACCGGUAAUUGCAGCGGUGGACGGUUUGGCAGCUGCAGCUGGUUGUCAAUUGGUCGUCGCGUGUGACAUCGCGGUAUGCACGGAAAGAAGUUCGUUCUCCACUCCUGGGGCAAAUCUUGGGAUAUUUUGCUCGACGCCAGGCAUACCGUUGGUGCGCAACGUGCCAAGAAAAAAUGCGAUGUAUAUGCUUUUCACAGGUUUUUCUAUCUCCGGCAGAGAAGCUUAUGAAUACGGUCUUGUUAGCAAAGUUGUAGCAAAUGAUAAUCUCGAUGAAGAAGUUCGUCGAAUUACAGACGCAAUCAAUACAAAGAGUCGCUCUGUUAUGCAUCUCGGUAAAACAUUCUUGUAUAAGCAAAUGAAUCUCGAUAUAUCGACAGCGUAUGACUUGGGCACUGAAAAAAUGGUGGAUAAUCUAAAAAUGAAAGACGCGCAAGAAGGAAUACAAAGUUUUGUGGAAAAAAGAAAGCCAAAUUGGUCACAUGAAAAUAAUUAAAACUAAUAUUAACAUAUUUUUUACGUGUGUAUAAUUAAAACUAAUAUUAACAUAUUUUUUACGUGUGUAUAAUUUCAAUAAUAAAGUGAUUUUUUAAAAUAUA